CUCCGGUCCCCGGCAGGCUGUAGUCAGGCAGGGGUCGGGGUGCUCGGGGCCCCUCGGGAGAUCACGCUGCUCCUAUGAUGAGGAGGACUGUGCGCACCUGCAGGAGGGUCGGUGCGGCCGGCGGAGGGGAGGGUCUUUGCAGACGGUGCCUUAGUGCCGCACAUCUGGGCAGCUCCGGAGAUCCCCGCUAAGUGGAGAAGACACUGCGGGCAUCUGCGGGAGGAGGAGGAGGAACCGACAUUACCGGGAGAGGAGUCUGAUGUGGGGGAUCUGGCGUGAUCGGCGGGAUCGUCUGACCUAUCCCAUCCGGUGUCCUCCCUCCCAUCGCCUCUGACUACAGAGAUGAGCCGUUUUCUGCACAGUCUGCUGAAGUCUUGCUCCCCCCGCAGCUGUGACCCGUCCAGAGUCCCCGGCACACCAUGACCCUCGUCGCCCUCCUGCUGGGUUCAGGGCUGACGGAGCGGUGCAGCCUUCGGAGCUGAGGCAUGGCCUCUCUGGAUCUGCCCUAUCGGUGUCCACGGUGCGGUGAGCACAAGCGUUUCCGGAGCCUGUCCUCCCUGAGGGCCCACCUGGAAUAUAACCACACCUACGAGACCCUCUAUGUCCUCUCCAAGACCAAUAGCAUCUGUGAUGCCGCCGUCUUCCCACUGACCAGCGAGACCGCGCUGCUGACCCCUGCCCACCGCCGGGAGGUCUUCGAAAGCACAUCCUUCCAGGGCAAGGAGCAGAGGUUCACCCAGGACAUCGUCCAAGCCGAAGACUUCAGCCAAGCGUCCACCACCACCACCACCACCCGAUUCACCCAAGAGGUGGAGAUCCCACUGGGGGAGAUCUUCACCAAGACCACCAUGGCCUCCCCUCCGCCCGCCGCCGUGGCAGCGGCUGCUGCGGCCUCCGCGGCUGUGGACGCCGCCUACGAGGAAGGUUUGGCCAGACUGAAGGUGAGAGCCUUCGAGAAGCUGGAGGUGGACAAACGCCUGGAGAAGCUGACCGAGGAGGUGGAGCAGAAGAUCGCCACCCAGGUGGGGCGCCUGCAGGUGGAGCUAGAGAGGAAGAGCACCGAGCUGGAGAAGGCCAAGCAGGAGAGCGUCCGCCUGGGGCGGGAGAAGCAGGAGCUGGAGGACCGGGCCUCAGAACUCACCCGCCAGGUGGACGUCAGCGUGGAGAUGCUGGCCUCCCUAAAACAGGACCUGGUGCAGAAGGAGCAGGAGCUGACCAAGAAGCAGCAGGAAGUGGUGGAAAUCGACUUAUUCCUGAAGGAGACGGCCAGCCGAGAAGCCAACGCCAAGGUGCGGCUCCAGCAGUUCAUAGAGGAGCUCCUGGACCGCGCCGACCGGGCGGAGAAACAACUGCAGAUCAUCAGCAGCUGCGGCACCACCCCCAACGGCAGUCUGAGCCGGUGCAGCAUACCCGGGUACAAAGUGUCAGACGCCCGGGUCCAGGGGUCCAGGCAGAGGGCGGACAGGCACCAGGGGCCCGGCUCUUCCACCCACGGCUCGUACCCAGUGAACCAGCGAUCAUCCUCCUGUAGCGGGGUCCCGGGCAGGGUGAAGACCGUAUCUCAGAGCUCGGGCUGUUAUGACAGCGAUGGGGCGGAGCAUAUCCAGGUGGACGAUGGCUUAGAGGCCCCCCGCUACUCUGGAAACAGUCACGUUGCCGACAGCAGCUUCGAGAGGAACAACAACAGCCGCAGUUCUGGUCUCCGCAGGCAGGCCAUCCACAACUUGUACCGCCGGCCAUACAGGAACAGCACCGAGGGGGAAGAUGGAGACAUCUCUGAUGUGGGGUCCAGGACCACCGAGUCCGAGGCUGAACUCUGGGAGCAGGAGAGCAUCGGCUCAGCAGACCUCAACACCAACCGCUCGUCGGGGGCCUGCCGGCCUAAGGGCCGCUGUGACGGGCGGAUGCUCCGGCCGGAGAAGGGCAGCCCAUCCCGAGCCAAUGAAGUCAUCAGCCCCGAGAUCCUGAAGAUGCGGGCGGCGUUAUUUUGUAUAUUCACCUACCUCGAUACCAAGACUCUGCUGCGGGUGGCUGAGGUCAGCAGGGACUGGAAGUUUGUGGCUCGGCAUCCGGCUGUGUGGACUCGGGUUUUCCUAGAGAAUGCCAGGGUGUCCCCCAAGUUUCUGGUCACCCUCUCACAAUGGUGCACACAGACCCACUCUCUGACCCUGCAGAACCUCAAACCUCGGCAGAGAGGGAAGAAGGAAACCAAGGAGGAAUACAUGAAAAGCACAAGGGGCUGUCUUGAAGCCGGUCUGGAAUCUCUGCUCAAGGCUACAGGGGGGAACCUGUUGAUACUACGGAUAUCCCAUUGUCCGAACAUCCUGACGGACCGAUCCCUGUGGUUGGCGAGCUGCUACUGUCGGGCACUGCAGGCGGUCACAUACAGAAGUGCUACGGAUCCUGUGGGGCAUGAAGUUAUUUGGGCUUUGGGCGCUGGAUGUAGAGACAUUAUUUCCCUCCAGGUGGCGCCAUUACAUCCAUGCCAGCAGCCCACGCGUUUCAGUAACCGCUGCCUGCAGAUGAUUGGACGAUGCUGGCCGCACCUCAGGGCGCUGGGCGUCGGGGGAGCUGGCUGUGGGGUGCAGGGGCUCUCCUCACUAGCACGGAACUGUAUGCGUCUGCAGGUGUUGGAGUUGGACCAUGUGACGGAGAUCAACCAGGAGGUGGCGGCAGAGGUCUGCAGGGAGGGUCUGAAGGGACUGGAGAUGCUGGUGCUAACAUCCACCCCGGUCACCCCUAAAGCUCUCCUGCACUUUAAUAGUGUGUGUCGGAAUCUGAAGUCCAUCGUGGUCCAGGUGGGAAUCGCUGAUUACUUUAAGGACCCAAGUAGCCAGGAAGCCCAGAAACUGUUUGAAGAGAUGGUCAACAAGCUGCAGGCUCUUAAGAAGCGGCCGGGAUUCUCCAAGAUUUUACACAUUAAGGUGGAGGAAGGCUGCUAACCCCUACAGAACAGACUGUGACCCCGAGGUCUCCUCUCAUGUACCCGUGCCGUCUCAACCAUGGGAAGUGCCGCAACGACCUAUUGCCAAAUAUCUGUAUCCCAGAGAGUCCCUGGACGGCCUUAUGAUGGUAGCGCAGAGUAGGGACGGUCAGAACGGGUCCGGACUCUUAUCUCCAGGGUUCUUCGUAUCUCUCCUCCUCGUUCCAUGUGAGUUCAUUGCGAUAGCCAGGAAACCCCCUGGGGAGUCUGCUGAGCCCCCGGACGGCAGAGAACUGGGGACACUCCCAAUGUCUGUGUUGAUCUUUGUGUUUCGAGUCCAGUGAGAUAUAUAUAUAGAUCUGUAUAUUAUAUAUAUCCAUAUUUUAUUGAUAAAUAUA